AUCAUCAUCUCACAUUCUUCCCUUUUCUCUUGAACAAUAUCAGUUCAGAAAAUGGCUUCUAAAUUUUCAUCAGUAAUGCUUCUGCUUUGCAUAGUAAUGAGCAUUCAAUUAUUAGCAGCCUCAGCUGGUAACUUCUACAGAGAUGCUGUCAUUACGUGGGGCGAAGGACGAGGUAAAAUACAAGAAGGUGGCAGAGGUCUUGCCCUCACUCUUGAUAAAUUAUCAGGCUCUGGUUUUCAGUCCAAGAAUGAGUAUUUAUUCGGAAGAUUUGACAUGCAACUCAAGCUUGUCCCUGGAAAUUCUGCUGGCACUGUCACCACUUUCUUUUUAUCUUCGCAAGGAGAAGGACAUGAUGAGAUUGAUUUUGAGUUCUUGGGCAAUGUUUCUGGCCAGCCUUACACUGUCCAUACCAAUGUCUAUACACAAGGAAAAGGAAACAAAGAACAACAAUUCCACCUUUGGUUCGAUCCAACUGCUGCAUUUCACACUUACACCAUUGUCUGGAACCCUCACCGCAUAGUGUUCUUAGUGGAUAACAGCCCCAUUAGAGUAUACAACAACCAUGAAAACAUUGGCAUUCCAUUCCCAAAGAGCCAAGCAAUGAGAGUAUACUGCAGCUUGUGGAAUGCAGAUGAGUGGGCUACACAAGGAGGCAGAGUCAAAACAGAUUGGUCACUUGCUCCUUUCACUGCUUACUACAGAAACAUCAAUAUUGAUGGUUGUGCAGUGUUAUCCGGUACCUCGUCGUGUAAAUCAAGCAAUUCAGCAAACAAUGUUAAGCCAUGGCAAACUCAUGAACUUGAUGGUAAGGGAAGGAAUAGGCUAAGAUGGGUACAAAGCAGACACAUGGUUUACAACUAUUGUGCUGAUUCUAAGAGGUUUCCUCAAGGUUUUUCUGAAGAGUGCAAGCGUUCAAGGUUUUAGAAGAUGGGUUCACUUGAUCUACUUCCUAAUGUUCAAUGCAUAUUCCAUUGGUUUUUGGGAUUGGUUGUUUGCCUGUGAGAUGAGAGUAUGAAAUUCUUUAUUCUUUGUACCAAUAAAAGUUCUGUUUGUUACUCAUUUCGUUGUGUAUUCAAGUUUCUUUUUGUAAUGAAAUGUGUAUUGUUACUUUCUUUCUUUAUAAAAUAAUGUUAUAUCAUGGUGGAA